CAACAAUGAAUUAUUUUAUCAAACGAUCAAGAUCGCUCGAUUUAAAUUCAAUUCCAAGGGAGAGUUAUCUUGGACGAUGGUCACGUGAGACUACACCAAUAGAUUCUCAACAACGUUACGAGCGCAACAUUCGACGAUCAUACACGCCGGCACGUGAAAUUGGCUCAUUGAAGGUAAUCAAAGAUGAUCAACGAUUAUCAAAUAAAUUAUAUCGAGGACGUUCUGCAGUUGGUAUUAUCACUACACCUUAUCAUACCAAUAUCAAUUAUUAUCAAGAGCAAUUACCAAUACGGAAAUAUGAUGUUUUCAGCGUUCGUACAUGGUCUUAUCCCAUUUAUAAGUAUUUACAUAAUCGUGAUUUUGCACCAAUGCGACCAUAUUCAUUUACACGUAUUUAUGGAAAUACGUCAACUUAUACGCCACCAAUGCUUGCUGCUGAAACACGUAGAUUAACACAACGACGUAAUUAUACAGGUUAUACGUAUAUUGGAGCAGAACAUAGUUAUGAUAUAACAUCACGUCCAAAUUCACUUGAUAAUUAUCGCUCUUGGCGAUUACAUAUACCCAGGUAA